CAGAUUCUCCGGCGAACAGGUGGCUCGAGGGAGAAACUUGAGGAUACCGCUUCAAUCGAGUGCAUGUGACUGUGUGCGUUUGUUCUUCCGGACCGCUCGCGACAAGUGGGUGGUGUGUCAUCUGUCACGACGGCUUCUACUCUUCGGACCGCUUUUGACUUUGAGCAGUGCGCGCAGCUUUCACCAUGUUACACCUCUUCCGGCAUGGAUUCGCCGCACCUGUAUGAGACUGCGAGCGCGGACGACCUGAAGCACCCUACUCGGCACCCGCCUCACCUGUUGCUUCCUUCACCUACCAGUCUGCGUCCCCAGUUUCCUAACGGCAGCAGCGCCGCCUUCGAGUUAGGCUCGGACGGUUGUGUGCCUGAUCUGUCCGAACUCAAUUCCCCAGAACUUUCCUUCGAUUUGCAAGGUUUCAUCGGGGAUUCCUCUUCAUCUUCUCACUCGGCCAGCAGCAGCCUCGAAGAGACGCUCUUCACUGACCUACUGACCGAACAGCAAAAGCGAUACGCUGGCCACUACCCCAUGCCCCACCAGGGUGAGUCCCUAAAUCACCACACCGACAACCGUUACGGUGCUGAGGCAGGCCUCGGCAUCAAGCAAGAACCACUGGACCAGGCGGAUUACAGGAGCUGUCGGGAACAGCAGCAGUCUUCGUACGCUCGGAGCCUGCUCGCGUUCCCGGGGCUCGGCCAGCAGACGUCCAAUGGACACCACCACAACAAUCAGCACGGCGGCACUUUGCGUCCCGUGCCGGUGUUCUCCACGCCGCCGGCACUCGGCGGUCACCCCCAGCCGUCGCUCACGUCACUUCCGGGCCCUCUGCUCUCCAAUGGCAACGGCGCCCCGGGGCUCAAAGGACUUACGUCACCGGGGGGUAAGAUGCCCAAGGGCAUGAGCAAGAAGAUGAUGGAUAAGGCGAGCGACGAGUACAGGCGUCGGCGGGAGAGAAAUAACAUCGCGGUGCGGAAAUCACGGGAGAAAGCGAAGCAGCGCUCGCGCGACACGGAACGCAAGGUGAGCGAACUGAACCGCGAAAACGAUUCGCUGCGCAAGAAAGUGGAACUGCUCACUAAGGAACUGACUGUGCUCAAAUCGUUGCUCACCAAUGUGGGUGUGCCGCCCGAAAACGUGGACUCGGAGAUCGCGCGCUCCCUUCAGGGAUACUGAGUGUCUUUUCUCUCUCUCUCUCUCUCUCUCUACAAGAAUUCCGUGCUCACAGGGUUUACCCCGACAGAAGAUGUUCUCUCUCUCUCGCUGUCUCUCGCUCCGUUUAAAUUAUUGUUGUGUUCCGCGCACCUCCAACAAGAACUGUUCUCUAGUCAAUGCGUACAAAAGAAAAGAAAAAGUGGAGAGUUUGACUCAUUGAAGCACAUUCAGAGGGACAUGUUUAUGAGAGAGUUCUUUUUUUAUCAGAGAGAGUCACAUGGAUGCCUGCAUGUUACAUAAAUCUAUUUUAUCGGGUGCCAGUGUGGUGCACAUGACGAUGAUGAUGAUGAUGAUAGAGGAGGAAAGGGAGGAGGGGUGCCUUUCGCGUCGACAUUGUUCUGUGGUCAUUCUGUUGUUGUUGUUGUUGUUAAACGAUCAUCCGGUUGUGGUACACACACGAGAAACAUCGUUUUCGCUUUUUUUUUUCUUCUCAUUAUUCAUCGUUUCUUUUAUUUUUAAUUUUUGACGUCAGUGAGAGUUCACAGACAAUAAAUAUGACGAGAACUUCGCUGUUGUUGAAUCAUUGUUUUCUUUUUUUGAACAGAGGGGAGACAGAAAAAAUAAGCACUGAUGUGUCGUUUUUUUUUUUAAAUGUUUCUUUGCGAUAAAAGGGUGUUUGUUUUUUUGAAACGUGACGCGUUACUUCUUCUCUGAUGUCGUGUUCGGUCUUCCAGUUGUUGUUGUUGGACAUAGAAGAAAAUAAUACAAGAAAAUUCUUGUCAUGAAUCUAUAAAUAUCGUGCAUUUUCCGACACAGGUGUACUAUCUUCUUUGGACUUGGGUCUUUUUAUGGAAGCACGCUGUGCGUGGUGGGGAAGCUUCGUUCUCUUGAAGUGCACAGUUGCACAGAUGCCGUGAUAUAACUGUGGUUUCCGUCCUAAUGUUCCAAUUUAGAUGUUAGUCUUGAAAUAAAAAAUAUAUUCGUGCAUA